AUGGAACAUAAAGUUAGGCAAGUAGAAAAAAUAAAGUGCCUUGAAAAAGCAUUACUUUUAUUAAAGUAUAAAAAAGAAAUACUUAGCUACUCUUCUAGUAGAUCACUUUCUGAUGAAUUUGGUGAAAAAUUUAAUUUAAUGAUUGAAUUUGAAAUACCUACAGAUUUGGCAACUGAAACUGAAGCAACUUUUGUUACUAGUAUUGAUUCUAAUUACUCAAAAACAUCAACUACUCCUGCAAAAAAAAAUCCUGAAGUGCCUACCUCUACAUCCACUUCUACUUCCACUACUACUACAGAAUCAUCUCUGAUUUCUGGAAAGACUAAAGAAAAAGAAAAACCAAAAAAUGAUGUAAAACAACAAACUAAGGAUACCACAUCUGUUCCAUCUGGAAAUAGAUGCGUUGAAGUAAAAGUUUACCUUAGAUCAUAUCUUGAAAAUAACAGAAAUGAUGGUGUUCUUGAAAGAUAUGAUAUAGAAUUAAAUCCUUACAAAGAUACCUUAAAAGAUAUAAUUAAAGUACUUUUACCAAAAAAAGAUCCAUUACAAGUAAUGAGAGAUGGUGUCUAUUUCACCAGAAAUGAUUUUGAUGCUGGUAUAGAUUACAAUAAAGAACAGAAAUGGUUAUGUUGUUUCCCUUAUGAAAUGUACAUACCUCUAGUUAGGAUAUAUAGUUCAAUAGUAGAAAAAGAAUUCAAAAUGUCAUUUGUUAUUGAUGAUAUAAAAAAAGUAUAA